AUGCAAGGACCAUAACUAUUAGUAUUGUUUCUAAACUAACUAUCAAUAAUAAGGACCAAGUAAAGCUAAAAUAACAGCAAAUUCAAUAGCAAGUAAAGAUAGAAUAAUUAAUCAUAAUCAUUUUCAAGGUCUUUUCCAGCCAACAAAUAGCUGACUGCAAUAUAAUAAACUUACAGAUAAAUUAAAAGAGGUGAAUGUAAGAAUGGCGAUAAUGAAGCUGCUUAUAAACUAAUUAUCAAGCUAACAAAGACCAAGCAGCAAAUUAUAAAUAUAUAAAUAACUGAGCUAUAGCAGAGAACUAAAAUAAAAAGAAACUGGAAAUACAUUAUCAAAGUACAUAGUUGA